GCUCAAGAUAACUUCCCGCCAUAUCGCACUAAUUCAGUAUAUAUUAGGAUUAGGUAUUCAUCUGUAUCACACCUUCAGGUCUCUUCACUACAUGGCUUUAAAAUCCUCCUUUCGUUCUUCUUCAUUCUCUCGAAACCCAUCGAUGAAAGAUAAUAUUUCGUCUUUUUUAAUUCACUCACACAACUUCACGACUUCGACAUCCAAAAAAGAGCUUUCAUGUUCUUUCAAAAACUCCCUUGAUCAAGCCUCACUUGCUAAAUUCCUCAAAGAAAACUGUCGAUCAGGUAAGUUUACUUUGAAUGAAGCACUUUACUGUUUUGAUUACAUGAUUGAUUCACAACCUAUUUCUCCAAUUUCCUCAUUCAACAUUUUGUUCGGUGCACUUGCCAAGAAGAAGCAUUAUUACGACGUCAUUUCGCUUUAUAAUCGGUUGAAUUCAACUGGGCUGUCUCUAGAUUUUGGGUCUUUGAAAAUUUUUAUAAAUUGCUUGUGUAAUAUUAAAAGGGUUUUUGAAGCGCAUGCGGUUUUUGGAAAAAUUUUGAAGCAGGGUUUUAGCCCAGAUGCAGUUACUUUUACUUCUUUGAUUAAAGGUCUGUGUGUAGAGAGAAAGAUUAUGGAAUCAAUGGAAUUGUUUGAUAAAAUGGCUGUUGUUGGUUGUAGGCCUGAUGUUAUCACUUGCAACAUUUUGAUUGAUGGCUUGUGUAAAGCAGGGAGGAUAAAUGUUGCACUUAAGUUCCAUGAAGAAAUGACUAAGGGAAAUGAAGAAUCUGGUGUUUUCUGUAAACCAGACGUUGUUACUUAUACUACUAUAAUUGAUGGUCUAUGUAAGGCUGGGUUAGUUAAGAAGGCAAGGGAAUUGUAUUUGGAAAUGAAGGGUUUGGGAAUUAGUCCAAACGAAGUUACUUAUACCACUCUAAUUCAUUGUUUGUUUUCUCUGGGUGAUUGGGAGAAUGGUAAAAGUUUAUUUAUUGCGAUGAUGGAUCAAGGCGUACAGCCUUCAGUAGUGACUUUUAAUGUGAUAAUAGAUCAACUUUGCAAGAAAGGGCAAUUGGAUGAAGCAAAUAAGUUGUUGGAAAUGAUGAUUCAAAUAGGUGUGGAUCCCAAUGUUUAUACUUACAAAAUUUUAAUUAAUGGUUAUUGCUUAGUUGGUAGAAUUGGUGAUGCAAGGGAGUUGUUUGAUUCCAUAGCUAGAAAGGGGUAUGGACUUGAUGUUGUUUGCUACAAUACUUUAAUUAAUUGGUAUUGCAAGAAUAAAAUGGCCAACAAAGCGCUUAUUCUUUAUCGAGAGAUGAUUUCAAAAGGAAUUAGGUCUAAUGUGAUUACUUAUAACACCUUGUUAGGUGGCCUUUUUCUUAGAGCUGAAGUAAAACAUGCAUGGAAAUUAGUUGAUGAGAUGCAACUUAAUGGUGUUUUACCUAAUCCUCGGACAUAUAGCAUAUUCAUUGAUGGACUUUGCAAGAAUGGAUGCGCUUUAGAAGCAGUGGAAAUGGUUAACACUAUAGUAACUAAUAAGUUUGCACUUAGCCUUGAAAGCAUGAAUUCCCUCAUUGAUGGAUUGUUUAAAGCAGGGAGAUUUGAAACUGCAUGGGAGCUAUUUCAGAAAUUUUCUCAACAUGAAAACCUCAUGCCAGACAUUGUAACGUAUAAUAUUUUGAUCAAUGGGCUUUGUAAAAAUGGAGAACUAGAAAAGGCAAAUGAGUUGUUUUUGUACAUGGAGGAAAAAGGUUGUGCUCCAGAUACAUUGACAUUUAAUACACUUAUGUCCAGUUUCCUCAAAAGUAAUGAGAUACCAAAAGUUUUUGAACUCCUUCAUAAGAUGGCGGACAGAAAUUUGAAGCCGACAGAGUGUACGAUGUCUUUAGUCAUGCGGUCACUAUUGAAGGACAAAAAAUAUCAUAAAUAUUUGAACCGGCUUCCACAAUUUCCUGUCGAAAAGCCACUUUAAAGUUUUCUGGAUAAAAUUUUGUGAUUAGUACACUUUUUAAAAGUAAAAUCCUUAUCAGGAGGCCUUUUUGUGACAGCAUUAGAAUAUAAAAAUAGUAGCUUCUUCUUCUGGUUGCAGAAAGGCUCUGUUUUUGUUACAUGGCGAAGAAUGUUGUGUAAUACACUUAAAUGCUUCUCUCUUUUUUUAUUUUUUUAACUUAGAGUCAGUCAAUAGGCAUGUACUUGAAACAUAAUACUUAUGAUUUAUUCAGAGCCUAUCAGUUUUCUAUAGAACUACUUAAGCAAUAUAAAGACCAUGACUGAUUGUAGACGCCAGAAAUUUGGUAAUUUCUUCAGAGCCUGUGAUUGUCUGUGGAACUACUUAAGCAACAUAAAGGCCAUGAUUGAUUGUGGAUGCCGAAAAUUUGGUAAAUUUUGCUAGCUAUUAAAUAUUUUACUGUAAAAACUUGUUCAUUCUGUUCCCUAUGGUUGAAAAACAUAUAUAAUUGAUUUUUUUGUUCUUUUGUUGACACUUUUCAGAAUUUACUUUUUUGACAGAUACACCUUUUUCCAAAAUUUGCCAGCAAUAGCUUUCAUAACAGGAAUUACAAUGUUAGGUGAAGCACAUUGCAAUGACUUUAGUCUGUAAUUCAGGGCAGGUGCCAUUAUGCAGUUUUGGAAUCAGUGGAAACUAUCGAAAGUCAUGGUAAUUUUAUAGGUAAUGAGUGGUAUUAUUUGCAGGACGAGUGUGAGGAUUUGCAGCAGACAAUGAAAAAUGGCCUUCUUAAGGGGCCAACUGUUGGAAGUAUUUCCACACUCUGCAAUUUAAUUUGCAAUCUUUAACAACAUAUGCAUCUGAAAUCACACUGAUUAACUGAUGAAACACUUGGUACUGCAGGUGGAACAUGACCAGAAGGUGAGAAGCCUGCAUGAAGAUAUAACAAAACAUUGGAUUGUGAGGGAGCUGGUUUCGUUACAAAACCACGUUUAUAGAGCAAAUGAGCAGGGAUGAAGGAGAGAAUAUCCUUUGAUGGUGUUAUUUGUGAUAUGAUUGUGUAGUUUUGUUCCUAAUAUGCUAUGAUGCAUCAUAUGCAAAAUACCCUUCUUUAUAGACAUUAAAGAAGGGGUAGUUGAUCCUUAACAUGCAUCUUUUUUAUACACUUGCUGAGUACAUGGGUAGUCUGCUGCUGCUUCAAACACCAUCAAAGCAAUCAUGGUUACUAGUAAGGUUCCUCAAGUAAUUGCAGAAGUAAAACCUGGGCCUGCUUGCUAGGAUCCUUAGGCUUCUACUUACUAGAGACUUUUCAUGAGGCUUCCCUAUUGUGAAAAACAUUAUAAUAGAAUUAUAUCAUUUAACGUUUCUUGUCCAAGAGUAUUAGGGCCACUAUCUGUUACUGUAGUGGACCGAAAAAAUUGGGGGUAUAAAUGCAAUGGAGCUGCUGGCACAAAAAGAAAGAGGCAUGGGAGGGAGCUUAGCCUCUCAAAAGCCGGAUAAUUCUAGGCAGAGAUUCUAGCCUCUCGGAAGCCAGAUCUAGCAGUGAUUUUUGUUAUCAUUUUUCUGUAAAUUGUUGUUCUUCAUAAUCACACUCAACAAUAAAUUCAAAUCCCAACAGAUGCUAAGAUCAAGACAAGUGUUUUGUGAUCCUAACAGAUGCUUACCCUAUUAUUUGAACAACAAAAUCCUUUUUUUUUUUUUCCCUAUGUUUUGGUGUUUGACUCUGCCAGUACAAACUCAGUUUAUGCAACAAAAAGUAGAUGUGAUGCUUGUUUUGUAAGUUCUUGUGGCUCAGUAUUAGAAUGGGCAUUUGACAUAUCAACUUUACAGGAGGUGGAGAAAACAUUGCGUUUAGAGAAACUGGAUUUGUUUCUUUUGGUAAAGAUGAUGAACAUAGAGAAGCUUUCAACAACAAUUCUGCUCAAGAGAGGGUAUAGAAGGUAGGAAUGUUGUCAUAUUGUUCGACUGGUCUAAGAUUCAUGUCUUCAAUUGGUGAAGACAUUAAUUAUACUUCUUGUAUUAACGAUGGGCACAUCCACACCAAAUCAUAAUAAUAAUAAAAUUGUUAGCAAAUUUCUAAUUAUA